AAAGGAAUGUCAUGAGGCAAAAGAGAAGUUAUAGCCAGACUGCAAAAUACAUAAGCCGAAACUAACGGAAUCGCUUCUGUAGAGGGUUGAAGUUUGAGGAGUUUAUCGCUAGCUAGUCAACGAUCAUUGCUAGAUCAAUCAUUCCAAAAAGCUUUUUAAAAGUGUAACAGACCAGGACUGUUGCGGGGUUGGUGCUGUGCAUCGUCAGUCGAAGGGAAGGAUACAAUUAUGUGGCACAACAGUUCUUAUGACGCUAUUCAAAGUUUCCCUCGACAACCCACGAAACAGCACAAAUUCUAUCGCCUGGGAGCAAUUUAUUUGAGAAACAAAUACCAGCCGCUCUUGUGCCAUUCAAAGUACACGACUACAAACAAAUCCUGAAACAGCAAUGAACUCAGCUCAGACUUAAUUAAAAAAACAACGAAAGAUCCCUGCUGCAACCCUUCCCGCUGAUCAACACGAGAGACGAGUCAACUAAAUUAUUGUGAGGAACGAACUUUCCGCCCAACAGAGGGGUACCGUACCGGUACUGGUCACCGGUACGUACUAGUAUCCACUUUGCUGGCUUUUGUGCUCGGUACUGGUACCGAAUGAAUAGCCGAAGAUCAAUGACCAAGUGACCCUUUGUGCCUUCCAUGCGAACCCACUGGAGAACUCAAUGUCCUCGUCACUUUUCCCACCAAAACGAAGCAACCUUAUUGUGCUGCCAAGCACGUGUAGGGCAAUCUCAGUGAGGCGUGUCGCUGUAGAUGUGUAACCACCACCCCAGCCAUAUAUUCUUCAUGUACAUGCUGUCACGGCAAUUGAUUAUUAUGAAACCUUCCAUGUGAUACAUGACGCUAAACAUCCAGUAGGAGCCAAAGAUACCCGUCAACGAACGGUGACAAGUCAUUGGUUGUCCUUGGUUUACUUUUGGUUGGUUCUCACUGCCGUGAGGAGCUUUCCCAGUGAUGCCCAGUAUGGCAUUUUGAUCUUUGAUUUUUUGCGCUACUCUCACAAAACAUACAGUAGAAUAGAGAGGCCACUUCGUUUGACCUGCCGAAAGAAAUCAAUCAAAUUUUGGACCAACUUAAAUACACAAGCAAGAUGAUGGACGCUUCGAUCAACAGCUACAGCAGCCGCGGCAACAACGCACGGGCACGCCCAGCUUUCCUCCCCGUUCAAGACUUGGAGGAAGGACAAGUUCCUGUGGCUCCUACGCCGCCAGCACCGACCGAUGCCUGUCUUGGUGGGUUAGAAGCGCCAACGGCAGAAAACACGGCCAAUUCAGAAGGAGACAGCCUGAUUGAACAAGUUGGUCAAGACUUGCUGGAUUCGUAUGAUCGUGACGUGAAUAAGGAAGAUGACAAUGGCGAUGAAACUGAAGGCAAAUAUGACGAUGAAGCGAUCGCAGAGAAGAAGAAACAAAUCAGGAACGCCAUGGGAUGUUUUGCGGCUUUUGCCAGUGUCGUAAUCAUCACGAUUGUGUUGAUCUUUUUGCUCAGAGACAAGCGUCAUGUAGACGAAGUGUACAUGAGGGCGUUGGUCCCCAAUUACACUCUUUGGGCAUUCAAUGAUACCAACUCGUCCCAAUCAGAGGCCCUCCAGUGGGUAUUGGCUGAUCCAGACUUGCAAGAGUAUCCUGACGGACGCUUGUUGCAACGCUUGGCCUUGGCCACUCUGUUUCACGCCCUCAAUGGCACGUCGUCCUGGAAGCAAGCCGAUGGGUGGCUCAACUAUUCCCAUCACGAAUGUGAAUGGACUACGGCACCCCUUCAGCCCAAAUCGGUCCACGAUCACUUGCUCUUGGAAGCCUUGGGUGGAGACCAAGACGAUGUUCAGCCGGGACGUCAAGCACCACAGCCCUGUCAAUUGGAGGUUGUUGGGGACGAUGAAGCCUUUGUUCUGGGACCCUACGAGCACUUGGAACUCUACGAAAACCAUCUCGUAGGAAACCUCCCUCCUGAAGUGGCAAUCUUGACGGCCUUGAAGACGUUGGUGCUGGAUGCCAACUCUCUCACUGGAUCUCUUCCCACCGAGAUCAGAACCAUGUCCAAGUUGGAGAUUCUGAGCUUGCGGGACAACGAGCUCACGGGACGCUUGCCGGGGAUGGAAAAGCCCAACAAUCUCAAGACCCUCGUAUUGAGUGGCAACCAGUUCACUGGAACACUCGGACCCGAGCUGCAGAAUAUAACGCACAUUGAAAACCUUGUCUUGGACCGAAACAAGUUCCAAAACGCAACCCUACCAACCGAACUCGAUCUCCUUAGUCGAUUGGAGUGGCUCUCAUUGUCCGGUAAUGCCUUCCAUGGAGCUCUACCAAACAACUUGACAUCGGUGGGCACGUUGAAGCGUUUGGAUCUUUCCGUGAACCACCAUUUGACCGGAACCCUUCCAGCCUCCUGGGAGUUUAUGGAGAACCUGGAAGAGUUGCGCCUCGAUACAAAUUCCAUUUCGGGAUCAAUCCCUCAUCAUUGGGGUCCAGGUAUGACCAAGAUGGUGGCGUUGCAGUUGGCAAGCAAUAAGAUCCACGGGGAGAUUCCCAGUACGUUGGGGCAGUGGACUGCGCUCCGCGAGUUUGUCGCCGACCACAACGACCUCUAUGGGCCUCUCCCCCACACCAUGGGAGCAUGGACUGACCUCGAACUCCUCCUGUUGAACUCGAAUCAUAUCACCGGCUUGAUGCCGUCCGAAAUAGGAUUGCUUACGAAACUAGAAGUCCUCCGUAUCUCCAACAAUGAGAUGAAGUUCAUGUUGCCAAGGCAAAUGGGGCAACUGACAGCUCUCGAGCACUUGGAGAUUGCGGACAACAAAUUCAUGGGAGAAAUUCCCGAAAUUGGAUCUUUGACCAAGUUGAUCUCCCUGCUCAUGUAUCACAACAACUUGGGAGGCUCCAUUCCUGCCACUCUUGGUAAUCUGACCGAGCUAAGGACCCUAGAGCUUCAAGGGAACAGCCUGACGAAUGUCUUGCCACCCCAUGCGAUGGAAGGCUGGCAAAAACUCUCAAUCCUUUCGUUGCACGGCAACAAACUCCGAGGUCCCUUGCCAUCUGAAAUUGGACUCUUGUCCGGCCUGGAGAAGCUGUCCUUGGAAGACAAUCGUUUCAAUACUUCUCUGCCAUCCGAGAUUGCCCAGCUGUCGCUCCUGGUCAACCUUCAGUUGAAUGAGAAUCAGUUCUCGGGCGAGCUUCCGAGUGAAGUGGGCUCCAUGUCGCGACUGCAUUCCGUGGGGAUCAAUGACAACCACUUUUCGGGCCAGAUUCCCACAGAGCUUGGUUUGUUGAACCAUGCCGUUGCGUUCCGCCUGUCGACGAACAACUUCAAUGGAACCAUCCCAAGCGAGUUUGGUCAACUAACCCAAAUGAAAGAGCUAACCAUGGACAACAAUCGAAUUGGCGGCUCGUUGAUCACCGAGUUCGGUCUUCUUUCGAACAUGACAGCCCUGUCAAUCGGAAACAACUCGCUGACAGGAACCUUGCCGGUCGAUAUCGUCCAAGCCUCGAGUCUGAUCAAUUUCCACUUGCAUGGAAAUCGCUUGAACGGUACAAUCCCAACAGAGCUGGGACUCUUCCCAAUCUUGCUCACCAUGCGUCUCGACUGGAAUAGACUCUCCGGUAACAUUCCCAGUGAACUUGGAUUGAUGAGCGAUUCGUUGCAGCUUUUGGACGUGAGCUCCAACCAUCCCAUAAAUGGGACCUUGCCUUCCGAGAUUGGCCAAUUGAGCAAGCUGUCGCAUUUCCUGGCCUACCUAACCCAUCUCCAUGGUGAGGUCCCCCAAGAAGUUGCCGACUUGGCCGUCACGGGCAAGCUGGAGAACUUUCAUGUUCAACGGACUUUGCUGUACGGAACCCUACCUCCAGAAAUGUGCGAAAUCCGAGAUCUUACAUUUGACUGUCGCGGUGCCCUCUGUGGUUGCCAUUGCGAAUGUGGAUCGCACUUGGUUUCGGUCAGUGUGAAUUGCUUGGAGACCCCGGAGAAGUGUCGCCUGUAGGGCGACUUGUAUCCAUUUCUUUUAUCCGCAUCCAUAUAUCUUAGAAACUUACUUGCUACAUGGACUAGAGUAAACUAUUAUAAAGCAUCUACAUCCUU